ACUGCCGUUCAAACCGAAAAGAUCCACAAAAAAGAUUAAUUUCUGGACCUGCCUUUCAAAGAGUAAAGACCCGGCAAGGAUAAGAAACCUACAGAAUAAGUCCUGCGCUGCUCCAGCGUGGCCGCAGUCACAUGACUGAAACGUGUAAAGUCCAACAGCAAGAGUUAGUUCCCCUUGUUAACGCUUCGUAAUUCCCUUUAAUUCUUGCUCCUGUUUCUCACGCACUUUGAUUGUUUGAUCAGUUCCACUUUACGACUGAUAUUUAAGAGGAAAACCCAAUCAAAUAUAUACAAAUGAUUGGUAAUUAAAUGUCUAAAGAAGCAGAUACGGGAUUUUUUAUUAUGUUGAGCUGAGAAAUAAGCAUUAAUGUUUGUUGCAAAAAGGAAGAAAAUUCACUUGAAGCUGUCGUUGUCCGCUUUGACUUCAGUUCUUUGUACUUCAACAUAAACUCACAGCUUCCUCGUUGACCUUUUCUCUCCAUAUCAAUUACUGUGCUGAGGCAUGGCUGUGUGGUAAGUAGCUUGCUUCCUGUGCAUGCGUUGAUUAGUUGCUUCCACACUGAAUGCUGUCGAGACCUGCUUCGUAGCCGUCUUGAAGUGAGGAACCUUUGAAGGCAUGACUGUAAGGUAGGCAUCUGUUUUUUGAGGGAUUUAGUGGGGAUUUGUUGUUUGAUAUUGUUUUUCUUUUUUCAAAUGAGAAAUCCUCACUGAGUCCCAGACAUUUGUCUGCCUGCAGUCGCGCUAAGUGACUCACUUAGUUGUGAGAAUUCUUUUUUGGGGGAUGUGUGUUGCCUUCGAAAAAUUGUAAAAUUUUGGAAAAUUCUACCAAUUUCUGGAGGAUUUUUUUAUGUUCCUGCUGCUGUGACUCUGGAGUACCUUUUUUUGGAAUACCUGUUGCCCAGGAUUACUGGGUGGCCAGAAUUGUGUAUGCUGUGACUUGAACUGUCUUCCUUCUUUCUUUUUCUCUGCUCUUUUUGUUUAUUUUUGACUUUGUUUAGACUUUUUGCUUGAACUGUUUUUUGGACUUUCUUUUCUACAAGCAUGGCAAAGAAGGUAAACACUACGUUGGAGUGGGAGAUUGUACCUCCCAAGCAGUGGCUAAAAGACUUGAACGAGAGAUCCGUGGUGUUGAGGACUUAUUCUAAGUCACUCAACACCAUCACGGAGUUCCCUCAAAUUGAAAUUGAAAAAGAGUUGGCAGAAUAUCUGCCAACUAUUAAGUUUAUUGCCAGGGGUGUCAAGUACGCAACGGUGUGGUUGCUAUUUGACACCCCUGAGGUGGCUCACAAAUUUGUGAGCCAGCCCUUAGAAGGGCAAAAGAUUUUGUUUCUUCCCACAUAUUGUGGAAAGAAAUUAACGAGAGCUUGGGUCUGUGGGCUGCCACCUGGUGUAGAACCCGAGUGGAUAGAAGACACUAUCCACCGGGGUCUGGGUGGCAGCGGAGCCAAGCUCCUAAAUGUUAAAAUUCUACCUGCAGCUGAUUGGGUGAGGUCAAAAGCAGUUUUGACUCUGUGGACCCAAUCAGCCAAGAAUCUAGUUUUCCCAGAUUUUUUGAGAAUGGCUGGUUCUAGGUAUCCAGUGAUUCUUGAGGGACGCCCCCCCAAGUUUCACUUGUGCCUGGAACCAGGCCACAUUAAAAAGAACUGUCCCCAGAACAUAGGUAGGGUCCUGGAACAGUUAAUAGAAGUAGCGCCCCCUGCUCCCCCAUUGGGAGAGGUGGAGGCAGUCGAUGAGGUGGAAACCUCGAAAAAAGGAAACAAAAGGAAAAUGGGUAACAAUGGUUGCCCACCAAAUGACCCUAAAGCUGCAGGAGGGGAGGAAGAUCUACCGGUAAAAGUGGAGGUACCACACCCUCCAGUAGCAAAGGGGAGAAAAAGAAAAAUAUAAAGAACAGGGCAUUGCCGGCAGUUGAUGGUACACUGCUGGCAUGUCCUGAAACCUCGUCGGAAACUGUGGCCCCUCCCAGAGCGACGAGAGAUGAUCUUGUUAUCUUCUUCCAUAAGGGAGGGGCAGUUCACACAAACACACUCACGCACAUGUAUAUAUGUAUGUCUGAAGAAUUUCUUAUAUGAGAUAUUUUACAUUUUUAAUCUACAUCUAAAAGUUUGUGAUUCCUAUUAGGAAAUGAAACACGUGUAAUGCUGAAUAAAUAAUAUCAAACUUUUCUCCAUUGUCCUUAUGUGUUAUGUUAUUACUCUGCAAAAAAUAUUAUCCAAACCACACACAAAAAUAAUAUACAACUUUAAGCCAUUGUAACUUAAAAAUAAUUUUCUGUCGAAGAAGCAAAUUAACUGAUGAAAUUCUACAUGGAAAAUUAUAUGAAUAUCUCAAAUAUUAAAAUUAACACUACAGUUGAAAAUAUCCACACGUGGACCCAAUCAGAAAAGAUCCAACAGGGUGGGUGAUAAUGACAAUAAUAAUGAUUUGAGACAGAAUUAUCAAAGGUCUUCCCCACAAAAUACCAAAUAUAUAAAGUACAAGAGUAUAAAGACAAGACUUAGUUCCCCUUGUUCAGAGUUAAUUCUUCCUAAUUUUGUUGCUCCUGUAGUGAUGCUACUGUGUAGGGUUCAGCGCGCAUGCGCAGAAUGGGACUACUUCCGGGUGGCCACCGGAAGUCUUCCCAUGCACAUGUGCGGGAAACGUUCACUCAAGCCCACCAAGCUCAAAUCUUCCUCUUCGGCUCGACAGCUCAUGCGAUCGGACAUACAUUCACCAGGCUCUGACAACCUCCCGACAUAGCCGCCAACGACCAUCAACAAAUUUCAACAAACUAACAAGAAGCUGCACAUCAGAGGUUGUCCUUCUCCCAUCAGACACAUACGACAUCGCAAUAAAUAAACGAACUGCUGUCUUUUUACCUACAACCUGACUUCGUCUGUAUUGUCUUAUAAAAUUGUAUGUGACUAGAUCGGAUAUCGACACCCUUCCAGUGAAUCAAUAACAGAUCCUUCGUUACAAUUGGUGACCCCAAGUUGAAAAAAAAAAAGAACAGAACAGAAGACGCAGCGAACAGGUUGUUGCCGGAUAGAGCGCUGAACAUUCAUUUUUUCUUCCAGUUUUUCUGCUAAGUCUGAACACGAUCAACUCUACGCAGUCAUCAUCCUUCGACGAUUUGUUUCUGGUCCACUCAAACAGUUAUAAAAGGAGCCUCUCUUAUUUAC